AUGGAGUACUUUACUCAACAACUGAAUGGUCUGUCACCAAGACUGGCAGAAAUUUACUGUGUAUUCAGGCUGGUCUCGCAUGUGGUACGUAAGCAUAAGUUUAAUAAAUUUUAAAACAGCUCUAAAAAUGUAUAUUUAUUGUUUUGUACAUUGACAUACGAUAAUUGGACAACUGAAAAAACACUGCUGAUAAUUGGAGAAAGUGUAUGCUUGUGACAUUUGUUGGACGUGAACAAAGCUUUCGAUUUUUUCUUUUGUAAAAUUUACAUAGAUCAGCGAAUUUGUGAACGACAACGAUUUGAUUGAUAAAAGCUCGCUCGACAACUACCUAACGAAAGAAUUCAUACCAUAUGUUACUUCAUUCUACGAUGUCACGGAAAGGGCGCACACAAGCAUGGAUGAAAUUUUCCAGCUUUUUAUAGAAGCAAUUAAGAAAAGACAACUGGGUAAAGAUGAGGUACGGUAUAUACAAUUCGUAGCUAACUAUAUUGUCUACAAUGGGAGUGAUCUGGCUUUACUGGUGGAAUAAAGUAAAUAAUCGCGGUGUCCCCACAAAAAAAAAAUGGAUGAGAAAUGGUGUAACCAUUGGAAUAAACGGUUUAUAUAUCAAAUAUACAACUAUAGGUGGAAGUUAUGUAUCAUAAAUUAAAAUUAUUCAAUUCUGUUUCACAUAGGUUGGAAAGUGGCUCAGGCACAGAAUAAAAGGAAAGAAAGAAAACAAGUCGGUGAAUUUUAUCGCGUUCCUGGUCGCAAAAGCAUUAAAUUGUGUGAAGGACGCAGAACUCACUGUCCCAAGCGAUGCAAGUGUUCGCGAGAUUGUAAAUAAAGUGAAGGGUGCAACAACGGAUUUCAAAUCUACGUUCGUGGGACAACCAAAGAAAGUCGUGUGUUGUCGAGUGCCAAUACAUGCCAUCAACAAAGAAACAUUAGCUCAAAUAGACAAAAGUAUGUCGAAAUUAUUGAGUUUAUAAAUUUAAAAUACUUAUUCAAAAUUCAUAAACAUUGUAACAUAUCAUGUCAGCCAUAAUAUUUCAUGUGGAGUGACUUUAUAUCUGAUAAAACUCAUCUUCAUUAGUAUUCUUUAUAUAAUUGUUCAUCCUAAUUAGUAUGAUUAUAUAAUUGUUCAUCGUAAUUAGUAUUUUUUGUAGUCGUAUGUUAAGCUAUUUAAAACACGAGAAGGAGUGUUUUAUCAUAUCUAAAACGCUUGGCUGCGCCUCGCGUUUCAAAUAUGAUAAAACACUCCUUCUCGUGUUUUAAAUAGUACAGCGUGCAUGAUUCCUCUUUGUAAUUAAGUAUAACAACUCAUAAAAAAUCGGGAAUAUCAGAAAUGGGGCAAAUACAUUUAACUUUUUAAACCUCUUUCCCUAUCAGUCUUUUCAGAUGAAACCACACCCUAUACGAACGACGAGGAUGAGCUUGCAGGUGAAGAAAAACAAGACGAAGCACCAUGCGAAACGUGCGAACGCACUAUGGAAGAACUGCAAGCGGUAAGAGAGACACAUAUGGCGGAGACACAAGAUGCUCGUGAUUGGUACCAGUCGGAGAUGGAAAGUUUGCGGCAAGAGUCAUGUUCAAAACUUGCCGAAAAGGAUGAAGAAAUUGACGAUCUUUAAAAUGAGAUUCGUUUGUUGCGGGAGAAGUCUGCUAAAGAUGGUACGAUAAUAAAGUCUUGUGCCACACGUUCCAGUGUUGUUGCUAUAGGAAUAAAAAAUAUAGUGGCUGGUAAGAGUUUUCAUUUCUUCUUCAACUUGUUAACUAUUAGUCGAUCAUUAAAAUCACUACCGUAUGAGGAAGCAAUUGUGUAUUGGGGGAUUAGUCAGGGGUGAUUGUUAGGUCAUUAUUUCGGGUAGUUCCUCGGGUAGAGGAGAAGUGAUCACGUGAUCGGCUAGUUGUGUUGUUUGUGGCGUCAGAUAUAACCAAAUCCCUAUCUCUAAGCCUAAUCCUUACCCUAACCCUCACCCUAACCCUAACCCUAACCCUAACCCUAACCUCAAAACUAAUCGCUAUAACUAACUGAUGACGUAGUCUGUGAUGCAAAUUCUUCUACCCGAGGAUGUACCCAUUAUUUCCCUCUCAAACUUUACAAAUUAUCGCUAGUUUAGAUUAGCCCCGGUUGCUAUGCCCCUGCUAAUUUGUUAACCCUUCUUAGAAAACGAGGAUGCACCAGGAGAAGUUUCGGGAGCCGGUACAUCAGAAGUGUCGGAAGGAAUCUCGGGGAAUUCGCAGGACUCCCCAAUGACGAUGCUGGAUGACUCUGGUAAGUCGUAGGAAAUUUCCAUUAAACAUAUCACAUUGUGGCGUGUUUUAGUAAUGGUAACUAAACAUUUUAAUUGAUCUUAAAAAAUUCAUUAAUAAUUCACGAGGAAAAUACAAAAGAAAUGAAUGUUUAAUCAAUGUUUGUAAAUCGGAUAAAGAUUUGUCCUGAUUUAUAUAAACUUCAGGUUUGAUUUUCUCGGCUUAGACAAUGUUUAUUUUUAAAAUUACUUUGCCAAUGAACUCAUAAGAUGAGUAAUUUUUUAACUGUACGAUAAAACAUUCGCAGCUGAUCUGUAUAUACAGAUCAGCUGCUCAUGUUUUAUCUAGUACAUAUAAACAUAGUUUUUCUUAAAAGUAUUCUAUAGCCAGGAAAGGAGCCAGGUUUUAACCAUCAUGCCUUUACUUUUUCUGAAAAGAAUUUUGUUUCUUGAUAGAUAAUGACCAUAAUUCACCGGUCAAUAUGACCAAGAAGAGAUCGGGAAGUCCCAGCCUUAAACCAAAACGUCGGUGCAAUUUAUGCCCCAAGAAAAAGAGUAGCGGAAUGUUGCAAUGCAUCACCUGCAAGCAAUGGCAACACUUUGGAUGUGUUGGGAGAAAAUAUAAAGAUGUUGAAGGCAUUGCAGCGACGUUCAAAUGUUCAGACUGCAAGUAA